AUGCGAGAAGAAGAAGAAGAACCAAAGACGGUAAAGAAGUUCCGAAAACGAGUGAAACGCAGACCGGACGCUCCGCUUCAUCUGCAGUUCCACAAACUGAACUCAUCCUUCGCUUCCUGGAAACAGGCGUGGAAGGUCACCGUGCCCCACCGGCUCGGAGACGUGUACGAGGAUGACGAGGAGGACGGUGACGAGGUGGAGGAGUGGAGGGCCUGGAGGGAGUCAUGGAGGAUCUGUCGUGUGAAGAAGGUGGAUGAAGACGGAGUGGUUUGUUUCUCUGACGAACACCGAAGUCAGAGAUCCACGGGACUGAAGCACGAAGACGACGGGAUGCCGGAGGACGAGUGGCACUGUAAAGGAGACGAGUGCAGCAGAAACCAGACCUCCUCUUCUUCUUCUUCUUCUUCUUCUUCAUCUGUGUCUCCUCCUCCUUCUUCUUCUUCUCCUUCUUCUUCUUCUUCUUUGUCUGUGUCUUCUUCUUCUUCUUCUUCUUCUUCUUUGUCUGGUAAAUCCUUGUUGAAUCGGUUCAUCCAGGUGAAUUCUUCAAAAGGCGGCGAGCGAAAACACCGAGGCGCCUUCAUUCCCUUCGUCGGCCUCACAGGCCGUUCAGAACAGAGUCGGAACUGCUGUAAAAAUGGAGGAACUUGCAUCCUGGGAACCUUCUGCGCUUGUCCUCCUUCUUUUACCGGCAGGAACUGUGAAUACGACCAACGCAUCAGGACCUGUGGUUUGAUUCCUCACGGUGAAUGGGUUCAGAAAGGCUGCUCCUACUGCCGCUGUGGUUAUGGCGUCCUGCGCUGUUUCCCCAACGUCUUCCAUAAAGACUGUGAUGACUCUGAGGAGGUUCGUUGGUAUCGUUCAUCAGCUGUCAACGUGAUUCCAACCAGCUGCUUUCUGUUCCUGCUGCUUCCUCUGCUCCACUUCCUCUGA